AUGUCAACAACAAGUAUACUUGAUUUACCACAAAUCAUAAUACACCAAAUCUAUAGUUGUAUUGAAAAGGAUGAAGACAGAAUCAACUUAUUUUUCAGUUGUAAGAAAUUGAUGAACAAGAAGUUCUUGGUGUUGAAUGUAUCGUAUAGUCUAGAGUCGUUCAAGUACCAGAGUAUCGUCGAUUGCUGUGUCAAUUUGAAUGUACAGAAUAACCAUUUACGCAAUUUGUUUAGUCUGUUGUACCAUAGCAAAGACACGGUUGCAUCGACCAACACCACUCUACAGUACAUUGAACCGGCUGCAUUAUCGCCUGCCGCCGCUGCAGCUGCCAUCAAGUGGAUGGAAAUGCCAACGUUUACAUUACCACGUCUCAACUAUCUCCGUAUAUUUAAACGUAACAAUCCACCAGAACCAUACCUCACGUCACAACAGAUAGUUGAUUUUGCAAGUUACAUUCCACCAUGUGUCACAACGAUCGUGUUUGAAGUGGAUUUUAUCGAACCUAUUGCCACCAACCUACCCAAUACACUCAAACACAUUAAAUUCUCACUGUGCUACAACCAACGUAUCUCAAACAAGACAUUUCCAGCGUCGAUAGAGUCGAUCACCUUUGGCGCCUAUUUUGAAAAGGAGAUUGCGCCUGGUGACCUGCCCGAGGGUCUCUUGUCGUUGGCACUCGGCUUCAACUUUGACAAACCACUGCCAAAGGGUGUCUUGCCACCCAAUCUACGUGUCUGCGACUUUGACUUUUCCUUUCCAGCCCAUUCCAUCCACUUUCCAGAGUCGGUUAGGUCUCUACGACUAGGACAAAAUCAACGAGCAUUUGAAGAGAAUGAACUCCCACCCAACCUAGAAUCACUCAUCUACUCACGAUACCAUUCCACCAAAGCUAGUUUUAGAUACGGUUCACUCCCUCAAUCACUUCGUAAACUCUCCCUACCCGAUUCCUUCAACACUAUCCUUGACAUUGGUAUCCUUCCACACGGUCUAACUCAUCUAACCUUUGCUGAUAAUCAUAAUUGUGAAAUUUUACCUGAUUCUUUGCCAAGAGGAUUAACACAUUUAAAAUUUGGAAAAUAUUUUAAUCAAAAAUUACCAUCUCAAUUACCAAAUCUAAGAGAAUUAAUUAUGGGAAUGAGUUUUAAUCAAAAGAUUAAAUACCUACCCGAGACAUUAGAGUAUCUAGUGUUUGGCGAUGACUUUAAUCAACCUCUACCAUCACUUCCAAUGUGUUUGAAACGAUUGGAAUUGGGUAGAAAUUUUGCCCAACAAAUCAACUAUCCCCCGCAAUUGGAAUUAUUGCGUUAUGCUUGUCCCUGUCCAUUUGACAGUGAAGAACAAGUAUUACCAAAAACAACAGUCGCCAUAGCAGUCGACAGCCAUGACAUUGAAAAUCCAAGACCAGAUCCAACUUUUAUCAAUGAUUAUAUCAUGUCUUAUGAUUUACCAAUUUCAAAUAAAUCAUUAUAUUAG